AUGAGUGCCCCUAAAAACCCCAGAGACUCCAUGAAGUCGACCUGGCGCCGCGAUGAGAGUCCCCAUCCAUCCAAAGACAGACAAGAUACCAUAUCUGCCAAGCUGGCAGUCCCAUCGCUUCAUCAUAAUCUACGCUGGUCUCCCACUGGUCGUGCACCAGCUAUCCGUGGCCGCGACAGGAUAUCGACUCCACCCGGUUAUUGCAUUCAUCUUCUACUACCAAGCUGCCCGAUUUUUGCAUUCCGUGAACUUCGAUCUAUCCGAGAAGUCGGGCACACAUUCGGAUUCCUGGAUGGAGAUCAACAUGAACGGGACGGCGUUCCAGACGCGGGAGUGGGGAAGACGCUACUAUCAGUGUUCCUCGCAGGAUUCCUACGCCCUUUGUUCUCCAUCUACCUCUCAUACAAUAUGAACAAACCACCGGCCUCGCUGAACUGGAAAUGGUUACCUCUGGAGAUCGGUGUUUAUAGUAUUAUCGUGGAUUUCUGGUUCUACUGGUACCAUUGCCUAAUGCACGACGUGAACGGACUCUGGAAAUUCCAUCGCACCCACCAUUUGACCAAGCAUCCUAACCCACUUCUUAAGAUCUACGCCGACUCGGUUCAAGAGUUCUUCGAUAUCGCAGGUAUUCCGUUGAUGGCGUACUUCACCAUGAAGUUCAUGGGAUUCCCAAUGGGAUAA